AAUAUACAAGCACAUCAACAAACGCAGCUAGAAAACGGAGCGAGUGGAAUCGCCGACGCUAAUCAGAAUGGAAGACCCCCUUGCAGAACUGGAACGAGUCCAAACCCACAUCCUCCAACGCAUAUCAAAACUCGAACAACAUUCUCAUCUUCCAACAAACCCCCCUCUCACCAACGACCCUAAAUCUCUCCCCGACACCGACACGGUCUCUCGUCUCUCUUCCAUUUUACGCAGCAACGCCGUUAACGAUUUCUCCUUCAAGAGAGUCGCUUCCGAUUACUACGACUGGCCCCUCGAAGCCCGCCGUGAUGCUCUUAACGCCGCAUCGGUUCACCAUCUUUGUAAAAGCAUCGUUUUAGUUAACACGCAAGCUCCAUCCAAUGUCGUUGAUUGUUCUGAUCGAAAUAAUUCUAAGUACUAUGUUGUCGUUGUUCAGUAUAGUGCUCGGUUCAAUGCUGAAGCUGUGAGAAAUUUUUUAUACUCUCUCAACAAUGGAACUAUAGCCAAAAAGAAAUUCAACUUGAGGCUAGCCCCUGAGGAGAUAUCAGCAAAGUUAACCGGAUAUGGGCACAAUGCCGUGACUUGUAUUGGCAUGAAAACAGACAUUCCGGUGAUUUUGGAUGAAGCAAUUGUUAAACUAACUCCAGAUUUCUUUUGGUUGGGUGGUGGUGAGGUUGAUCUGAAGCUAGGGGUCCGGACGUCCGAGUUAAUCAGAUUUAUCAACCCAUUCAUCAUCAGCUGUAGUAGUAAUUAAUUUUGUUGGUUAGAAUAGGGGUCAGGAUAAAUAAUGGAUAGGUGUCAUUUUCAGCUUUUGAUUUUUAUACUAUUGAAUUGUUGUCAACUGAGGAAGAUGUUUAUUUUUCACACAGAAUUUUCUGCUCUUCUGAAGAGAUUAUCCUAUUGUAUUUCAUUUUAUAUUUGGUGAAAGUUGACAGCAUCACCUGAAAGAAAAGGGUAAGUUUAUCCUUCUUA